AUGAUUACUGCCUCUUUACCCCGGGAUGUGCCUGGUAAUAUAGAGGUAUUUAGGAGUAAUAAGGAUACAAUUCCAUGUGGGGACUUUGACAGCAGCGAUGAUGAGCCUUUGGCUGAAAAAGCAAAGAGAAGUCGUCGUCAACAGCCAGAUCAGCCAGUAUGGCGUACGUGUUCACCAACAUACUCUACUACAACUCAAGAAAGAACUGAAGUUAUAGCUAGACAGAAACUAGUAAAAGAACAAUUUCAAGAUCUUACCCCAGUACAAAUAUUUGAAAAAAUAUUUGAUGAUGAAGUGAUUAGCUUGAUAAUUACAAACACAAUUUUAUAUGCUAAUCAAAACAAUAGACACACCUUUCAACUGGACUCUGUUGACUUGAAAAAGUUUAUAGGCAUAUUGAUACUAUCUGGGUAUCAUAAGUUACCCAGAGAAGAUUUGUAUUGGUCUUAUGAUGAAGACGUAGGUGUCGAAAUGGUAUCGAGAUCCAUGCCAAGACAAAGAUUUCGGGAUAUAAAAAAGAAUCUUCAUUUUGUAAACAACGACGAAGCAAGUAGUACCAGGGAUAAAAUGUUUAAAAUUCGGCCAUUAGCUGAUAUUCUAAUAAAUAAAUUUCUUCAGUGGGGUGUGAUGCACGACAAUAUUUCAAUUGAUGAAUCCAUGGUAAAAUAUUUUGGCCACCAUCCUGCUAAGCAGUUUAUCCGAGGAAAACCAGUGCGGUUUGGCUAUAAAAACUGGGUAGCAGCAACUUUUAUAAAAUGUUAA